UCAAACCUUAUCAUCAACUCCUUCUAUCUCUUCAUUUUGUGUUCAAUACAGUAGUAACAUAGUACUGCGUAUCGUUUGGAUUCAUUUUGAACCAUUUUUACCUGUGUUUUGUGAAUAUAUUCAUCUUUAGUGGUGAUUGUUUUUUGUUGAAAAAGUUAACGUUAAGCUUACUCUAUAGUGAAUACAAUUGAAAAUUUAUAAAACAAAAAUGGCUGGUGUUUUUGAUUUAGAAUUAAAUGAAACCAAUGCCAAGGAUGAUUACUCUGAUGAAGACUCCAUUGAUGUAGAUGAUCAAGAGAUUACUGAACCGGACAUGAGUGCUAUCUUAGAGGAUGCAGAUAUGGAAAAAAUUCAACUGAAUGAACAUACUGUUAAUAUGGGGAAAGAGAAAACUGGUCCACAAGAUUUUGAGCUACUCAAGGUUCUUGGACGCGGUGGUUACGGUAAAGUUUUCCAAGUCCGCAAAAUCAGUGGAAAAGAAAGCGGGAAAAUAUUUGCCAUGAAAGUCCUAAAAAAGGCAACACUUUGCCGAAGUCAAAAGGAUACUGCUCACACCAAGGCUGAAAGAAGUAUUCUUGAAUCAGUUAAGCACCCCUUCAUUGUUGACCUGAUUUAUGCAUUUCAAACUGGCAAUAAAUUGUACCUUAUUUUGGAAUACCUUUCUGGAGGUGAACUUUUUAUGCAUCUUGAGAGAGAAGGAAUCUUCCUGGAGGAUACAGCCUGUUUCUAUUUAUCUGAGAUAGUUUUGGCCCUUGAACAUCUCCACCGAGGUGGCAUCAUUUAUAGGGAUCUUAAGCCUGAAAAUAUUCUAUUAGAUUCUAAAGGUCAUAUAAAGCUAACCGAUUUUGGCCUGUGUAAAGAAACACUUAACAAUGAUAAGAUAACUCAUACCUUUUGUGGAACUAUUGAAUAUAUGGCGCCAGAGAUUUUGACUCGAACAGGUCAUGCCAGAGGAGUUGAUUGGUGGAGUUUGGGUGCUUUAAUGUAUGAUAUGUUAGUUGGCCAUCCACCCUUUUCAGCUGAAUCUAGACGUAAAACAAUUGAAAAAAUAUUGAAAGGUAAACUCAUAUUACCACCAUACUUAACACCUGAUGCUAAAGACUUGAUCCGUAAACUGUUACAACGAAAACCCCAGCUUAGACUUUGCUCAAAUACUGAAGAUGCUGAACCCAUCAGGAGGCAUCCAUUUUUCUCUAAUGUCAAUUGGGAUGAUGUUCUUGCCAAACGUUGUGAACCUCCAAUUAAACCAAUGUUAACUAGUGAAGAGGAUACAUCACUAUUUGACACUAGAUUUACUGGUCAACCACCAAUCGAUAGUCCUGAUGAAUCUUCCAUCAGUGAAAGUUUCAAUCGAUCUUUCCUUGGCUUUACAUAUGUUGCACCCUCUCUUCUAGACGAAGCACACAAAUUUCCUAACCAUUCUUCUAGGUCACCUCGAAAGAAUACAUUUUCAUCAUCAAUACCUGCAAAUUCUCAAAGUUUACCUUUUUUAAGUGAAACAGUAGAGCAAAUGGACAUUACCAACACUCCUCCAUCAACAGCAAGUGUCAAUGGUCAACAGCAAUCUGCAAGUGCAAUUGGUAAUGGCGACUCAAUUGCACCAACAUUACGCUCUCCUUCAUUGCCUGUAAAACAAAUGCGAAAGAUCCACAUUUGACCAGAAUAGAAUUUAGAUUGGCAAUUUAAAAGAGCAUAUACGUUACUUUACCUUUUUGUGACAAUAUUUAUUAUAUUAAUCAUAAAUAUAUAUAUAUAUGUAAUCAUUCAUUCAACAACAACAACAAAAUUAAUCGUCAAAUCUCUCCGCAUUGCCCCAUGAUAAAAGCUAAAAGGAGAAUCUGAUGCAAAAAACAACAAAAAACUCUGCUAUUUUUACCAAUUCAUCACAAACGGCGGAGCAAUCAAGCAAAAUAAAGUGCCUAAUUCUUAACAGUUAAUAAUUGCUAAUUGGCGUUGUAAUUAAUAAACCAUGGUACCUUAUCUACAGCCAUGAAAAUUAAGCUUACUUCUCACUUUGUCUGGUAUCAACAUAGCAGUUGAGUAUCUCUCUUGAAGACAUUACUUCACAAUCUUAAAGAAAAAUCAUGAGUGAAAGCAAUUUUUGUGAUUUUUAAAAUUGUUAUAACCGUUGAUAGCAAAAGUGUUGAAACUAUACACGCAUUUUCAAGGUUAAAAGCUAAUAAGCUUAUAAUACAACCUCAUUAAACUAGGUUAACAAGAAUUUUGUUAACCUAAUGCUUAGUUUUUUUUUCAUUUUAUUUAAUAAACUUUUAUUCAUAUUAAAA